AUGUCAACAUUGCGCAGACAUCUGUACAAGCUGUACAAGCCCUUCCUGCAGCAGCUGUCUGCCAGUAUCUUCCUGUGGGACCCAGAGGACACAGCCCGGUUGCUGAACGCUCAGAGGAGGACGCUCGAGGCGCAGGGGAUGACCUUCUCGUCCGACGCCGGAGUGUGGAGGCACGUCAGCCGCAGGGAGAUGGCUCUCCAUUGCCGUCGCCGCACGCGUGGAGCUGCGGUGACGGAGCGGCUGAUUGAUGACCUCCUCCAAACCUUCGGCGGUGCCAACGGGCGAGACACCAUGGGGAUUCCCCUGCUGGACCGAGACCACAUCCAGGCAAUCCGUGCGGAGCAGCGACGGCACCUCGAGUGCAUCCAGGACCCGCCGGGCGUGGAGCUGUACACGGAGACAGGCAGGAUGACCAAGGGGGGGAUCAGCCUGCCGACGUACCGUUGUGUGCGCGGCUCCACGUCCCUGGAGUCGUUCCAUCUCCACCUCAACCGCUUCAUUCCAGGAGAAAGUGCCAACCCUUGGCACUUCCAGGCUUUUCUCCUGGAGGGGUUGACGAGAUGGAACGAGGACAGGGCGGCGUCCGCGGCACAGGAGGGUCGUCCACUGCUCCGCACCUACAGUGGCCCCCUGCAGCACUCCCUUGACCAGCUCAGCCAACGGGUGCUUGGCUCGAGUUUGGUCAGGGACGACACCAAGCCCAGGGAGUACACGGGGGAACUCAUCGGCAUCGAGUACCUGUACUCCCAGACGGGCAGAGUGCUGCAGGACGUCAGCUUGGACCCUGACGUUCCGGACGCGGGUCCACCGCCGACCGAGGAGGACGACGAGCUCGCCGAAGGCCGGCAGGAGUUGGAGGACCUCACCCUCCACGUGCCUGGCGAGUUCACCGCUCCUCAGACGGACCCGCGGUCAGGGCAACCGGCUGACGCACCCGCGCCCGAGCCAUCCUGUCCGACCGAUCCCCCCAAGCCCGCGCCCCGCUCCCCCGGCCGGUCCUCACCAGAGCCUCAGCAGGCCGCUGAGGAAUACCGAGGACCAGACGACCAGCCGGGGUACCUGGCCGUGGUCCGCUUGGCCACGGCCUUAAGGUAG